CAAACUGCUAUGUGUUAGCAGGCUAGCCAGCGGGAAAAGAGGAGAUGGCAGGUGUGCAACCGCAGGACGAUCUCAUGAGAAUGACCAACAGGGAGAGCUGGAAGGCGCAACAUGAUCAUCUCCACAUGAAACACAGGGGUCAUGAGGCCAUGCACGCAGAGAUGGUCCUCAUCCUUAUUGCCACCCUGGUAGUAGCUCAGAUAGUCCUUGUGCAGUGGAAACAGAGGCACCACAGAUCAUACAAUUUGGUGACCCUUGUCCAGAUGUGGGUGGUUCCCCUCUACUUCACCAUCAGACUCUACUGGUGGAGGUUCCUAUCCAUGUGGGGGAUGUUCUCUGUUGUCACCAGCUAUGUCAUCUUCAGAGCCACACGCAAACCCCUUUCCUGCAGGACUCCCAGGAUGGUGUAUAAGUGGUUCCUGUUGAUCUACAAACUGAGUUAUGCAGUGGGGGUCCUCGGCUACCUGGCCAUCAUGUUCACCAUGUUUGGUUUCAAUGUCUUCUUCAGAAUCAAGGCAGAGGAUUCCAUGGAUGUAGGAGUGAUCAUGCUGUUUUAUGGCCUCUACUACGGAGUCAUGGGGAGAGACUUUGCUGAGAUCUGCUCUGACUACAUGGCCUCGACCAUAGGGUACUACAACAAGGGGGGCAUGCCCAGCAAGAGUCUGACAAAUGACAUCUGUGCCGUGUGUGGCCAGAGAAUCCUGGUGGACGUAGACGAGGAAGGCUUCAUAGAAGACACCUACCAGCUCUCCUGCAACCACAUAUUCCAUGAGUUCUGUAUCCGUGGCUGGUGCAUUGUGGGUAAGAAGCAGACAUGUCCAUACUGCAACGAGAAAGUCGAUUUAAAAAGGAUGAUGAACAACCCCUGGGAGAAAACUCAUGUCUUAUAUGGACAGCUGCUGGACUGGCUCAGGUAUCUUGUUGCCUGGCAGCCCAUCAUCAUCGGCGUUGUCCAUGGAAUCAACUUUUCCCUGGGCCUUGAAUAGCACCUUGGGGUACUCCUUUAAACGUCCAAGUGUGAGAGAAUUUAGGAGAAUGUUUAACAAGAAAAUGUCAAGCCGGAAGCUACCAGGAGCAGCAUUAUAAAUCCUUUUAUUCUAUUUCAUUAUUUAUUUUGUCAUAUAAUUUUAAUCAUUUGCAUACUUACCUGCAGACUGUUCCCAGGUGGUCUGGGUUGACUUUUUAUAUCUGGAUUGCUAUUCCAAAUGGUUGCCAACUCAUGCAGAACAACUACUACCAAAAAAAAAAAGUUGGUGACAGUUUCACCCAUAUCAGCCUCUGAAUUGCAAAAGCCGAAGUUCAGGGAGUCUGUUGAUAGAGCUUCUCUUCUCUCUGUUUGUCAUACUGAGUUGCUGGACCUUUACUGUGUGAGGGAGAAAAUGGCUUUUGUCAGAUUUAUUUUUUUUCCUAGUUUACAACCUCAGCAAUCACAUACUUGGCAGUGACCGUCUCCUUUGAUGUGUAUGCAUUGACAUCGCUUCAUACAGGUUGCUUAAUUACACAAGAAUUACACAAUAAUCAUCACAAUCAGAUUAUUUCUUGAUAUAGUUUUUUUUAAACCGUGUUACAGAGCAUUUUACAAACCAGAUGGAUGAAAAAAAAGUGAAUAAACAUUAGAAAAUAUUUCUAUGGUACAACAUUGGAAGGACUUUGUAUAGAAAUAUAUUUGCGUAAAUUUCAGUGAGGCUUUAGUUUUGACCUGAACCACUGAUUUGAACCCUUAAAAAUGCAAAGAACUUUACCUUGAAUGACCAUGACGGUGCCAGUGCAACAUGUGCAGCUAUACAAAUAAUUGACAAACCACAUCUUCUCAUAGUUUAAUUUUGUUCAAACGAUGAGACCCAGAAGUGAGUAUUUUAGGGGAGAAAAAAAUGAACCCAAUUGAAUUUAUACAAUUUCAAAAUUAUUAUAUUUCUUGAUCAUAUGAUCAGGAAUGAUCCAAUUGUUUCACAGUAUGCUUACAUUCUGUUUUUGUCUCAAUAAUACUACUUGUGAGACGAUGACAAUAGUUGCUUCAAGCCAGUGAACUUGUUAGCAGAACGUUUUACAACUUACCAUGCCAAAACCAAAUCCUUUUUGCCAUAUUGUGACAGGUGCUUGGCAAGACUACAGAUGGCAGUACUAUUAAUAAAAAUGCUAAUAAUAUUAAAGUACUAUCAGUAGCCAUGAUGAAGAAUGUUUUGAAGUGAAGUGAUAAAAUGAAGACACAAAAUUUGAACCGCACUGUAGAGAAUGCUCUACAGUUAGUCGCUGUCAGUGGAGUCACUCCAGGUAUUUUGCUGCAAAAUGCAGUGCCCUUCGAGAAAACGCCAUUAAACGCUGAACCACUCCAGCAUCAGUGCCCGUCCGCGUGA